AUGGUCACAUUUCAUCAUACGCAGCGAUUUCCACUCGGAACACGUAUAUCCAAGUACUUUAAUGGAUUUUCAGAACCUUUUCGAGGUACGGUGGACCAGCACUCAGACAUGACAGACUUCUAUCAUGUUUCAUAUGACGAUGGGGAUAGUGAAGAGAUGACCGAGGAUGACGUAGAAUUGCAUUUCCUUGAGCUACCAAAUGCAAAGGUAUCAUUAAAAGCAUCUAAAACACAAUUUCUUGAGCUUAACAAGGCGAGAACUUCACCCCGUGCGCCGCCAAAAAAAAUUCGGGUGAGCAGUGAGAGCAGUUAUAACGUCUCAUCACGAGAACUUUUGGCACGACCUAUCGCUGAACUCGAUCGAAACAGUCGCCAAAACCCAAAGGUACUGAGUCUGAACGUAAAUGCCCCAGGACUGGUGCGUAAUAACACGUUUUCUGGAUCUUCCACCUCGAGUGACGAGACCCAAGAAUCAUUACGUGUGUCUAUUCCUAAAGAAACCUUCAACGAGGAAGAAGAAGGGGUGGAAGAGGAGGAAGAAGAAGUAUUUGGUGCUGAAGAUGAAGAAGACGAUGACAUUUCGGACGGCAAUCCAGAAGAGAUUAAUCAGCUUAUUGGUAAGCCUGUGGAGAGGAUAGUAACGAAGGAGGGAACUGGUCGCGACGUUGUGCAAGGCGCUGUAGCAAGUUAUUUUCCCGCCACCAAAAUGUUUCGUGUGAUGUACUUUGACGGUGAAUGUUCGGAUCUGACGUAUCACGACGUAUUGAAAAGCAUCCCGGUAGACUUACUUCCUAUGAAUAUUAGUGAAAAAAAGAAACGAAAAGCAAAAGUUCAUAAUGGAAAGAAAGACGGAACGUCCAGUGCUAAAUCAACGUCGUCAAAGCGGCUAAAGACAUUUGAGGUAAAUCCUAAUAGUGUAGCAGGAGACAAAUGCGGUGGUUCGCCAUCAUCGCCUUCAACUCCAAUUGUCAACGUAGCUGACAUGUCGGUGAUCGAUAAUGUCGAAUUUAACAUCGUACGAAAGGUGCUGUACAUUAUUGUAAGUACUACAAACAACAGCAUGAUGGAAGCACAGCUUGAAGUUCUUUCCGCAGCUUACUUAAAGGACGAGGAAGCUCUUCAAGCGUUCGUUCAAAAGGAUGGUUUGAUUUCGUUAGCCGAGCUUAUAUCUAGAUGGGAAAUUCAGGUUGAAGCGGAGCAAGGCUUGCUGCUCGUAUUAAAAAUUCUUGCAGUUUUGCCGGGCAUUACCAAGAGUGCCAUCAUGGAUAGUGGAAUUGGCAAAAAAGUAAGGGUUGUGGAGAAGCGUGGCACUUACAAAGAUUUGAGCAUACCUGGUCUUGCUGCAUGGGUCAUUCAAAAGAUGAAAACAGACGUCGGCGCUGGGAAGGAAGAUCGGGUUCAGAAAUUGAAACUGAAUGACAAUCUGGAUGAUGGUUUAAGCAGUCAGAACCAACGGGCGAACGAAAGAAGGCAAAGUACUAACGUUAGUCCACGUGGUGAUGCCGAACUUAACGCUCGUCGAGCAGACUCCAAAUCUACUGUUAGUCCGCGAUUGGGCAAUUUGAAGGCUCAAUCAGUAUCAGGUGAUAGCGGUAUUGGCUUAUACAAAUCGAAAUCGGCUAAACACUUGCACACGUUGAUGAAUUCGCGCACUGGCAGAGACACUAGUACGCCUCGUCGUGAUCGUGACAUUUUCGGAGAGCGUUUGACUAACCAGAACAAGCGAAGAUUGGGAUCAGCCCAAAAUUGGCGAGCACGACGAUCUACUGUGGUGUUGGAUCAGGUAAUGAAGCGGAUCUCAGAGGCCACCCAAAAAUCCGAUAUCAUUAAGCCAAAAGCAAUGGAUGAUGAUUGGCGGCCGUCUAAGAUCUCGUUUGCCGACAAAGAUUUCGUGUGUCCAUUCGAUAAGGAAGUGGAAGUCUCAAAGCUGCUCAUCUAUCGUGUACCAGGAUCGACGAAAGGCUUGGAUCACCCACUUGUGAAGCCCCAAACAGGUGUUCUUCGAUCAAUUCUUCGGAUUCGAAUACCCCCUGACACACCAUCGCAAUCUAUAUUCGAGGAUUUGAAUCUAGCUCCUUCUAAAGUACAAGCAACCGAAAGACCAAAUUUUGAACAUAUUGUAAUACCGGCGCAGGCUACGCGUGAUGAAGUGGAAGAUGAAACACCUGAAUCACCAUUCUGUAUUUCGUCGAGACUUUCAAAGGUGUUAAGUCCAACAGAAAAAAGAAAGCAAGAUACUUCUUCGUCUCCUUCCUCUCUUACAUCCGCACAAACGCCACCGGAAUAUACGGAGGAAGUAAACAGAGGCAACCCUUUUGGCGAGGGCGAAAUGUCUGCCAUCGAACAGAAUGUAGACACUCUACUCGAGAAUCGCAAUGUACAGUCGGCUGAAGCACCAAAUACGGCGAUUCCGGUUUUAUCCCCCGUAGUAUCUGAAGAUGAAUCCUCCGAUGAAGACGAGGCGUCACCAAAAGGUGCAGAUGAUAGUGGCCGGGAACCAGAAGCGACAACUCUCACUAGCUUCGCGACGGGAGUCAUGGAGGCCUGUACAACAAGCUACAAUCACUUCAAUUUCGAUCCGGCUCACAAGUGCGUUUAA